AUGCUGCCCCAACCAGGGCCUGUCCCCAUGCUGCCCCAACCAGGACCUGUCCCCAUGCUGCCCCAACCAGGGCCUCUCCCCAUGCUGCCCCAACCAGGACCUGUCCCCAUGCUGCCCCAAACAGGGCCUGUCCCCAUGCUGCCCCAACCAGGGCCUGUCCCCAUGCUGCCCCAAACAGGACCUGUCCCCAUGCUGCCCCAAACAGGACCUGUCCCCAUGCUGCCCCAACCAGGACCUGUCCCCAUGCUGCCCCAAACAGGGCCUGUCCCCAUGCUGCCCCAAACAGGGCCUGUCCCCAUGCUGCCCCAACCAGGACCUGUCCCCAUGCUGCCCCAACCAGGACCUGUCCCCAUGCUGCCCCAACCAGAGCCUGUCCCCAUGCUGCCCCAACCAGGGCCUGUCCCCAUGCUGCCCCAACCAGGGCCUGUCCCCAUGCUGCCCCAACCAGGGCCUGUCCCCAUGCUGCCCCAACCAGGUCCUGCCCCCAUGCUGCCCCAAACAGGGCCUGUCCCCAUGCUGCCCCAAACAGGGCCUGUCCCCAUACUGCCCCAACCAGGUCCUGCCCCCAUGCUGCCCCAACCAGACCAGAAGGAGCUCGCUGACACACUGGAGAACAGUCUUCUGGGUAACCUUGUUGCAUGUCAACAAAAACUCAAAUGCAAUCUGAAGAGGAACUUUAAGAAUGUGUUUGAGGGAAUAGCCAAGCAAGGAAAUCCAACCCUUCUCAAUAAGAUCUACACAGAGCUCUUCAUCACAGAGGGUGGAAGUGGGGAGGUCAAUAAUGAACAUGAGGUGAGACAGAUCGAGGCAGCAUCCAGGAGACCAGCAACACAAGAGACGCCAAUAAAAUGCAGUGACAUCUUUGAACUUUUACCUGGACAAGACAAAGAAAUCAGAUCUGUGCUGACAAAGGGUGUCGCUGGCAUUGGAAAAACAAUCUCUGUGCAGAAGUUAAUUCUGGACUGGGCUGAAGGAAAAGCAAAUCACGAUAUCCAAUUGAUAUUUCCACUUCCUUUUAGAGAUCUGAAUAUGAUGAAGGAGAAGAAAUACAGCCUGAUGGAACUUCUUCAUCACUUCUUCAUGGAAACCAAAGAAUCAGGAAUCUCCAACUUUGACAAGUACAAGGUUCUGUUUGUGUUUGAUGGUCUGGAUGAGUGUCGACUUCCUCUUGAAUUCGAGAACAACGAGAGCUGUUGUGAUGUCACAAAGUCGACGUCAGUGGAUGUGCUGAUGACAAACCUCAUCAAGGGGAAUCUUCUUCCUUCUGCUCGUCUCUGGAUAACCUCCCGACCAGCAGCAGCCAAUCAGAUCCCUCCUGAGUGUGUUGACCAGGUGACAGAGAUACGAGGGUUCAAUGACCAACAGAAGGAGGAGUUCUUUAGGAAGAGAUUCAGUGAUGAGGACAUGGCCAGCAGAAUCAUCUCACACAUAAAGACAUCAAGAAGCCUCUACAUCAUGUGCCACAUACCAGUCUUCUGUUGGAUCUCUGCCACUGUUCUAGAGACACUGUUGGGUGACGCACAGAGUGGAGAGAUGCCCAAGACUCUGACUCAAAUGUACAAACACUUCCUGUUCUUUACCACACUGCACAAAAAACGAAAAUAUCCAAAGGUACCGGAGAAAGUUGAGUCAGAUUCACAGAUGAAAACAGAUGAGGAGAUCAUCCGGAAACUGGGAAAACUGGCUUUCAGACAGCUGGAAAAAGGGAAUCUAAUAUUCUACGAGGAAGACCUGAGAGAGUGUGGCAUUGAUGUCACAGAAGCUUCCGUGUACUCAGGAGUGUGCACACAGAUCUUCAGAGAGGAGAGUGGGCUGUACCAGGAGAAGCUGUACUGCUUUGUUCAUCUGACUAUCCAGGAGUUUCUGGGUGCUGUGUACGUGUUUGUCACGUUCAACAACGACAGUUUAAAUCUAAUGGCAGAACCUGAAACCACCACCGACAGAAAACUUCAGAUGUCUGAAGACAAACCUACAACCAUCCUCCACAAGAGUGCAGUGGACAAGGCCUUACAGAGUGAGACGGGACACCUGGACCUGUUUCUCCGCUUCCUUCUGGGUCUCUCGCUGGAGUCCAAUCAGACAUUCCUACGAGGCCUACUGACACAGACAAGAAUCAGCUCACAGACCAAUGAGGAAACAGUCAAGUACAUCAAGGAGAAGAUCAGGGAGAAUCCUUCUCCAGAGAGGUGCAUCAAUCUGUUCCACUGUCUGAAUGAGCUAAAUGACCAUUCUCUUGUGGAGGAGAUCCAAAGCUACCUGAGAUCAGGAAGUCUCUCAGAAGCCAAACUCUCCCCUGCACAGUGGUCAGCUCUGGUCUUUGUGUUGCUGACUUCCGAAGAGGAGCUGGAUGUGUUUGACCUGAAGAAAUACUCCAGAUCAGAAGAAUGUCUUCUGAGGCUGCUGCCAGUGGUCAAAGCCUCCAGGACAGCCCUGCUGAAUGGAUGUAACCUCACAGAGAGAUGCUGUGAAGCGUUAGCCUCUGCUCUCAGUUCAAACUCCUCCAAGCUGAGAGAACUGGAUCUGAGUGACAAUGACCUGCAGGAUUCAGGAGUGGAGCUGCUCUCUGCUGGACUGGGGAGUCCACGCUGUAAACUGGAGACACUGAGGAUGUCGUUCUGUUUAGUCACAGAGGAAGGCUGUGCUUCUCUGGCUUCAGCUCUGAGGUCAAACCCCUCACACCUGAGAGAGCUGUACCUCACCCACAAUUACCCAGGAGCCUCAGGAGUGGAGCUGCUCUCUGCUGUCGUGGAAGAUCCACAGUGUAAACUGGAGAAACUCAGUGUGGAUCAUAAUUUCGAGUGUUGGUUAAAAUCAUCACUUAAGAAAUAUGCCUGUGAAUUGACACUGGAUCCAAACACAGCAUUCAAAAACCUCUCUCUGUCUGAGGAGAACAGAAAGGUGACACGGGUGGAAGAGGAGCAGACGUAUCCUGACCACCCAGAUAGAUUUGAGAGCUGGGAUCAGCUGCUGUGUAGAGAGGGUCUGACUGGACGCUGUUACUGGGAGGUGGAGUGGACGGGGCACGAGGUCCAUGUUGGUGUAACAUACAGCGGAAUAGGAAGGGAAGGAAGGGGUCAUGACUGUGGGCUCGGAUACAACAACAAGUCCUGGACUCUUAGUUGUAAUAAUGAUAUUUACACUGCCAGGUACAAUAAGAAGCCCAUAACCGUACCUGACCACGCCUUCCGCUCCCACAGAGUAGGAGUGUAUCUGGACUGGCCGGCCGGCACUCUGUCCUUCUACAGCGUUUCCUCUGACACAAUGACCCACCUGCACACAUUCCACUCCACAUUCACUGAGCCCCUCUAUCCGGCGUUUAGGAUCUGGUACUGUGGCGCCUCUCUGUCCCUGUGUCAGGUAUGUGAAUAAAAAUAAAGCGCAGUAUUUAAAUGACAAAUUAACUGUAUGUUUGACAACCCAAACCGAAUCUUGCGGGAGCUCUGGCCUCCGGCCAGUAACAUUUUGAAUGUUUCCAUCUGUCACAAGUUGAAUUGAACUGUAAUGCACUUUAAAAGCUUAGAUGUAGUUUGCGUGUAUCCGUUGUGCACUUAUCAGGAGUAUAUGUAUUAGUUAUUAAAGUAUCGAACUGUCAUCACUUUGUAUCAGUAUUUUGAGUUCAGUUAUAUGCUGCACUGUAGGAGUAUGUAAAAAUUGUUGUCCUGGGAUUUGACAUUUUGAGUUCUAGAUAUUUAAGUUAUUUAAAAGAGCCUUGUUUUGUAGUGCAAACUUUGAUGAUGCAACAACAAUUUUGUGUGUGAAGAUUCUGACAUUAAACCUGAGUUUUAUUCUUGGA